CUGGCGAAGGCCUGUGCCAAAGGGAUCUCCCGUGGAACUGGAUCCUUGUAAUCAGAGUUGCAGUCGAGCUCAUUGACGUGUGAAGUGUAUCAUCAUCAUUGAGGAACCCUGCUCCUUUGUCAUAUUCCGGCGUUCCCUUGUCGAGUCUAAGAUGCCCUUAUAUAAACGCAAUGGACCGAGUAGCUUGGAUCCAACAGCCUCAUCAUCCUUCUCGAGCUCGUCGGGUGCCCCGACGUCGUCUGCGGCCUCAGGGGAGGAUUGGAAUUUCUUGAAGAUUAUCGGCGGCAUCAUUCAGGGCUCUUUGCCCUCCAAAGAUGAGGAUGAGAAAAGUGACGGACAGCGGAGUCCGCGCAUCGAGAAAUGGGCCAGAUCCAGCUCAAUGCCAUCCACGCCCAAAAAUCGAAAGGCCAAGAACGGGGAACACGCCAAGCACAGAGGGACAGGCUCGUCCAAGUCCAAGAGUCCCAGGACGCGAUCCAAAACAAUUGACAACUCCUUGCGGCGAUCUCGCUUGCAUUUCGACACCACCGCUCCCAACCCCGAUGGCAACACCAUCAAUCACCGACGGAAAAGCUUCAUCCGCCAGGACGCGGAAAACCAAGGCGAGGCACCGAUCAAGAUCACCAUGGGUUUGUCCAAUCUCAGUUUCAAAACGGAUGCAGCCUUCUUGAAGCCCGUCUGCGGACAAGACAAGGUGAUUCGAGGUCCGUUCGUGCGGGCACCCACGGAUGAUCACUUGUGCGCGUCACCUUCAUCAACCAUUGUCCCGUCACUUUUUUCGCGAUGCGAGAGCGACUUCUCGCGAUCCUACGACUCCAAUCUGUCACCUAACCCAAGUCCAAGUCCGAGAUCCGUCUCUCCGGUGUUAGCGCCCCUCAACUUCAAAAGGGACAGUUUGUCAAGUCAAAAAUCGCCCAUUAAUCCGGAUGAACACAGUUUCCUGAGUCCUCAUCCGAGUCCUUGUACCUCGCCGUUCCUCAGAAGGAAAAGAGCCGAAAACAGGGCUUACUCUGCGGGUUCUGCUUUUAGUUGCAGCAAUGGUAGCUGGAAAAGCAAUGCAUCCAAUUUUCCCGCUGCUUCUGGAGCGUCGUCUCACUCCAAUUUGCAAUUGCUUUCGCCUUUUUCGAUAUCCCCCUGUCCAAGUUAUCCAUCCACUCCAACUUCAGCAUCGCCCUCACAAUACAGCUUGAUCUCACGGAGGCUCUCUUCGUGCCGUCCGUCUAUUUCGUCGUGCUCCUCGUCUCUGUUCUCAUUCUCAUCGUCCAAGGAGGCUUCACCCGCAGAAACCACGGGCUUCCAAGUCCCGGUGAGUCCUCGCAGUCCACGAGCCCGCAAUCCCAGUUUCCAAUCAAGUAACACAAGCGUGUUCGUGUAUCCAGCCAAUCUUUCCACAUCUCGACGAGAGGACAUGGUGGGCUCUUUGAACCCGGAGCUUUACCGAGGAAUUAGUGUGGAUUGCGAUGGAGAGCAGAAGAUGGCCAAGUUCAAAGUCAAAUAUCUGGCCCAGAAGGAGUUCCUGGAGAUCUCCAUCUUGAAGCUCAAGCAUUUCCCCCAGGAAUAUGAUGACAUUGGAUUGAGCUUGACUCUGCUCCCCGAUGAAAGGAGUCUCAUUAACGGAACAUACACCCAAAAAGACAGCCACAAGACAUAUCUCUUUCCGGUAUCGCGAUCUGACCUUCCCCAUCGAACGUUGAGAAUCAAUUUUCUGGGAAAUCGAGGCCAUAGAAAACCCGCUCGCAUUGGCGUGGUCCUCAAACCCAUGAGACAUCCACCCAAAGAUUCCUUUGAGGUGUUUACUGAACUCGUUCAAGACCAAAGCGACGAAGAGGAGGAAGGAGCAACGCCUCGGGUGAAGAUCUCGUUGUGUGCAAAUCCAACGUUGGAGCGACUCACCGUCGCUGUUUACCAAUGCGAUGGUUUAGAGUCGUGGGCCCAAGGGUUAAACAAAUGCUAUGUGAAAGUGUGCCUACAACAGAAUUUGAAGACCAUCAAGAUCAAGAAGACGGACGUCAUCAAGGUUUCAUCGGAUGAAGUGGCCUUCAACCAAUCGUUUAAUUUCAAAGUGGACAUUGAGUCCAUGAAAGAGAUGGGUAUCGCCAUUCAAGUGGUGGAAGCCACCAACAUGCUCGACAGAGAUAAAGACAUUGGGUUCGUUGUUCUCGGCAGUUCCAUGUUGGCCAAGGGCUCGGGUGAGGAGCAUUGGAACAAGGCCAUUCAGAUCCCCAAGGAGACCACCGUCAUGUGGCACAACCUCAGUCCGGAUAGCUUGUGA